AUGCUCAGCAAUCUCCUAAAGAUAGUUAAGGAUACUGUUGUAGCGCCUGUUGGACGUUUGGCUACUGGCGUUAGCGUGAGCCUUGGCUUAGCUGACACAGUUCUAGAGACAGGAAAAGACUAUUUUCUCGCUGCAGAUUCUGUAUCAGUCACAGAAUUAGUGUUUCAAGCCACUAUUCACACCGUGAAAGUUAUGACUGAUAAUCUCGCCAAUGUCUUGCACAUUUUUACUCAAGUAUUUAAUGAAAACAGUGAAACUUUAAAUUGGGCAUGGAGGCACAGAACAGAAUUUUUCACGUUUUUGAUUGAUUUAGCAGGUGCCGUAGAAUUCUCUAAAAGCGAUAAGUCAGACUAUAAUGAAUGGUAUAUGACGUCGACGAAGAACAUAUACGCUAUAGUAUAUCAAUUGCAGAGAUUGAUCUUAUCCUUAGUUUCCUUAUUAGCGAAUAAGGACAAGUCUAGCGUUGAGAACUUAGAUAUGAACACGGUCCUUCAUACUGAUUUUAAACAUGGAAUUGCUUUACCACCAACCACCACUGCAAAGCUUAAUGCGCCUGAGGAGAAAUGGUUGUUUCUAAAUGGUAUUUGUGGAGAGUACCAAUGGCUUGAACUCGGAUGUAACAAGUUGAGGGAUAGGUUCAAAAAAGAAAUAACUGGAAUAUUUAAUAGGAGUGAUGGUAUCAUUUGGGAUUUGAUCGAGUGUGCAGGUGAAAGAAAUGAAAAGAAUAAAAGAAGUCUCCUUCAAUUGACAAAAAGCAGCAUGGAUGCUCAGAACGUAUUGAAGAAAGAAUUAGUAGAUGCACUAUGGCCAAACACGAAUGGGAAAGCCGCUCACCAAGUUGUGAUGAUUGCACACUCCCAAGGAUGCCUCAUAUUGAGGCUCGUACUACAAAAAAUCCUGGAUGAGUAUAAAGCAAAGGCACAGAGAGAUGAUCUCAUCAAUCGACUUAAUAUAUUUACCUUCGGAAAUCCAGGCUUAGACUGGAAGACGAAGGACGGUUCAGAAUCUCUUCAUCGUUAUACAAAACUCACAGAGCACUUCGCGAACAAAGAGGAUUUUGUUGCAAAGCUUGGAAUUUUAAAUUCUUACGACUUUGACCAAAGAGGUUAUUUGAAUGAUCAUGUUUUCAUUUCCGAGUGCAAGGGUCAUUGGUUUGGAUCUCAGUAUAGUCUCAGCAAGGAUGAUUACUAUCUAGGGGAAAACUCAAUGUUCCUCAAUAACUAAUGCCAUCAGGUUUUAAGUUUAAU